AUGAAUAAUCGAACGAGACUUCGAAGCGAAGAUGAAACCGACCGAUUGUCUAACGCUGUUAAGCGACACAAAAAGUUUCGAUAUCAGUCUGGAGACUACACCGUCAGCUGGAUCUGUGCACUUCAUAUCGAGACUGCAGCUGCGCGUGCCAUGUUGGACUGCAUCCAUGACGACUUGCCCCAGGCGCGGAACGAUAUCAAUACAUAUACACUGGGUAGUAUUGGACAUCAUAAUAUCGUUAUAGCAAGCUUGCCCGCCGGCCACUAUGGGACGAAUAAUGCUGCUACUGUUGCGAGCAAUAUAGAAAGGAGCUUCCCAUCUAUCGAAAUACAUCUAAUGGUGGGAAUCGGAGGCGGCGCCCCGGGCAAGUUGGAUCUUCGACUUGGCGAUAUUGUGGUUGGCAGCCGUGUGAUGCAAUACGAUCUUGGUAAAAUUGUCGGCGACGGCCAAAUCGAGCGGACGGGGAUUCCGACCAUCCCUCCGCCGAAAUUAUUGGCUUACGUCGCAAAAGUUCGCGCGAUUCACGAAGUGACACCCACUAGGGUGCCCGAUAUUCUUCAAGAGAUGUAUAACAAGUAUCCCGAGAUGGCCACAUAUGCUCGUCCGAACGUCCAAGAUCGACUUUUUCAGGCUGAUUUCGAACACGAUUCUGCUGCAGCCAGCUGCGAUGAAUGCGAUGCGUCUAUGCUGGUGCAUCGUCUUCCAAGAACAAACCUCCGCCCGAAAAUCCACUACGAGGCCAUUGCAUCCAGCAAUCAGGUCAUGAAGCACGGGAUCACGCGAGAUAAGAUCGCCCGAGAACUUCAGGUUGCAUGUUUUGAGAUGGAGGCAGCUGGCUUGAUGAAUUUCCCGUAUUUAAUAAUCCGGGGAAUUUGCGAUUAUUCAGACUCGCACAAGAAUAAGCAGUGGCAAGAAUACGCAGCAGCAACAGCGGCGGCAUAUGCCAAAGAGUUUCUGAAUACCAUACCGACCACUAAAGAGGCAACGAAAAUGGCAGUGCAAGCUGUUGAGUCCAGGGCUGGUAGGCUAUGCUGGGUUUCUCCUUAUCCUACGUAUCUCGCCUGGAUUGACUCAGCAAAGCUUAGUGAGCAUCAUGGUUUCUUAUGGUUGAGUGGCAAGCCUGGUGCUGGCAAAUCGACAAUCCUGAAAUACGUUUAUACACGCGUGAGAAAAACACUCAGCACUACGAAUGCUGUGAUUUCGUUCUUCUUCAAUGCCCGUGGUGACGUUUUCGAGAGGUCUCCAACAGGAAUGUAUCGCUCAUUGCUACUUCAGCUUCUAAAAAGUUUUCCUGAUCUCCAGGAAGUUUGUGAGGAUUCGAAUUUUGUUAUACAAAAUGGCAGCUGCCCUUCCUCGGAUGCGAUUCAAAUCCUUUUUCGAAAAGCAAUUUCAACGCUUGGAAAUCGCUCGCUUACUUGCUUUAUCGAUGCCCUGGAUGAAUGUGAUGAGCUUCAAGCUCGUGAGGUGGUGCAGUUUCUCGAGGACCUAGGGCAACAAGCGGUCCAUGAUAAUAUUGAUCUGCGAAUUUGCUUUUCUAGCCGACACUAUCCUUAUAUCUUUAUUCGAAAAGGCAUUAGGCUUACGCUUGAAGACCAAAAAGGCCACGAAGAAGACGUGGAGAGAUACAUACAGGGAAAACUUAGAGCCGAACCUGGCCCUUUGGUGAAAGAGGUCCAAGCCCAAAUUCUCCAAAAAUCAGCUGGAGUAUUCAUGUGGGUCGUUUUAGUUGUGGAUAUCCUCAACAAAGAAUUUGCACGAGGCCGCAUGUUCGCAGUGAAGAAGAGACUUGCAGAAAUACCUGAUCGACUCAGCGAUUUGUUUAAGGAUAUUCUUACACGCGAUAACGAAAACAUGGAAGAUCUAUUACUCUGCCUUCAGUGGAUGCUAUACGCUAAACGACCGUUAGUACGAGAAGAAUUCUAUUUCGCUGUCUCGACUGGAUUAUCACUGGACGAAGAAGACGAGGACCCCAUCAAUAAUUUUUUGUCUCCAAUCCCGGGAGAUGUAAUGGACAGAUUUGUUGUCAGUUCUUCAAAAGGACUAGCAGAGGUUACAAAGUCGAAUCAACAUACUGUUCAGUUCAUUCAUGAAUCCGUACGCGAUUUUUUAAUCAAAGAUAAUGGUCUCCAAGAAUUGUGGCCCGAAUUCGGCGAUGGUUUCGAACAGUUGAGUCACGACAAGCUCAAGCAGUGCUGCUAUAAAUAUUUUGAGCUUGGGGCUACACACCUAUUGGAUGAUGAUGUUCUUUGGAAAGAAAAUGAAAAAAUUAAAGAACUCAGAGUAUCUGUAUCAAACCGAGCGCCAUUCCUCCAGUAUGCAACUCAGAAUGUACUAUAUCAUGCCGAUACAGCGGCAAGCAACAUGCUUCAAGACACUUUUAUAACUAAGUUCAGACUCAGAGAUUGGAUUAUUUCGAACAACCUAUUCGAAAGAUAUAAAGUACGGCGCUAUACAGUGAAUGCGAGUUUGUUUUAUAUCUUGGCAGAAAAGGGAUUUUCGGCUCUGAUUCAAACACAGCUUCGUUAUGACACGGACCGCUGUAUUCUAGGCGAGAGGUACCGAUAUCCCAUUUUCGCUGCAUUGAUUAACAAACACGGUGAUGCCGUUCAAGCUCUUCUAAGGCAAGCUGCUUCGCCUGCCAAAGAAAGAGACGACUCGGCUUAUAAACAUGAGCAGUCAUUUACAUGGGCAGUUCACAACGGCCAUAAGCUUGUCGUUGAGUGGCUUAUUGAAAGAGGUGCAGAUGUGAAUCUGAAGAAUCACAGUGAUAGACCAGCACUCUUGAUAGCUGCAGGGAAAGGUCACACUAGUAUUGCAAAGCUACUGAUUGAGAGAGGCGCAGAUGUCAACUUGAAGGACACACGCACACCCCACGAGACCGCAUUGAUUAUAGCUAUUGCAAAACACAAUAAUACAACAGCAGAAAUGCUUAUUGAAAAAGGCGCAGAUAUCAACACUUCGGAUGUUCACGGUCAGACGCCCUUGUUAUAUGCUACAAGGGACGGGAUUCAGAAAGAUAUUGAUGACCAUAUUAUACGGCUGCUUAUUGAGAAAGGCGCAGACGUUAAUGUUAAGGACAGACGUGGUAGAACAUCACUGUUUCUUGCGGUCUACAGGAUGAAUUACAAUAUUGCGCGGCUGCUUAUCGAAGAAGGGGCAGAUGUCAAUGUAAAGGAUAUAUACGGAGACACACCACUUCAAUUUGCUAUUCGCAUGAACGAAAACAAAGUUACACAGCUGCUUAUUGAAAAAGGUGCAGAUUUUAGCGUUGUGGAUGAUAAAGGCCGGACAGCGCUGAAUAUGUCCUUUCAAAUGGGUAAUGAUUUCAUUACCGAGUUCCUAAUUGAGCGAGGCGCAGAUCCUAGCUCAAUUGGUCUCGGAGGGACUACUUCUAUAGAGCGUUUGGAUAUGCCUUACUCGAAGUCUUGCGAUCACUAGAUGCUUUUGAUGUCGACAACAUCUUUGCUGGAUAGUAGCUAAGAUAGUGUAAUUGAUGAAAAUAAUCUCUGCUGUUUCUUGUG